ACCCUCUGGAAUUCCUCAGGCUGCGAGAUGAACGUGCACAAACGCUGCGUCCAGAGCGUUCCGAGCCUCUGCGGCGUCGACCACACCGAGCGCCGGGGUCGGCUCCAGAUCCGGAUCCAGGCUCUUCCCGGGGAACAGCUCCACGUCACCGUGGGCGAGGCCCGGAACCUGAUCCCCAUGGAUCCCAACGGGCUCUCGGAUCCCUACGUGAAGCUGAAGCUGAUCCCGGAUCCCAAAAACGUCUCCAAGCAGAAAACGAGGACGGUGAAGGCGACGCUGAACCCGGUGUGGAACGAGGCCUUCCUCUUCAAUCUCCGCCCGGGGGAUUCCGAGCGGCGCCUCUCGGUCGAGGUUUGGGAUUGGGAUCGAACGUCCCGGAACGAUUUCAUGGGAGCCAUGAGCUUCGGGGUGGCUGAGCUGCUCAAGGGUCACGUGGAUGGAUGGUUCAAGCUGCUGAAUCAGGAGGAGGGGGAAUAUUACAACGUCCCCGUGGCCGACACCGACGACUGCGGCCUCCGCCCAAAAUUCGAG